AUGACCGGCGACAUGGAAGGACACUCUGGCUGGAAAUUGCGGCACAUUUUCAAUCGCAAGGUGAAGCAGGCGGACGAUGUUUCAAGCAAAGCCACAGAUGACAUUGACUUUGACUUGAACAUUAUCAACACAGAGAAGCCCACGGAUUAUGCUCAGUUAGAGACGUUUCAUAGGGCUGUAUAUCCAGUCAUGUUACUAGCGCAAUGCUUUUCACUCAUGCCUUUAACCAACAUUUGGCAGCUGAAUCCACGUCGCAUGAGAUUUAAAUUCAAAUCGCUGCAAAUGCUUGUCACCAUUGUCUUUAUGGUGGUCACCUCUGUUUUACUUGUCAGCAUGCUCAAGCAUUUAUUCAAGAUUGGCAUUACAGCUAAGAAUUUUGUGGGUCCUGUUUUCUUCACCUUUGUAGAAUGCGCUUGUAUUUUGUUCAUUGAUUUGGCUCGUAAGUGGCCUGCUUUGAUGCGGCACUGGACACGCUUGGAACUGAUCUUCAACAAGCCACCUUAUGAGAUGCUGCCCACGAACUUGAUGCAACGCGUGCGUCUGCCUGCUGUUAUAAUAAUAAUUUGUUCUAUAAUUGAACAUUCUUUGUAUCAAGCCUCUGCAAUUGUGAACUUUGAGCAACGCAUUAUAAUCUGCGCAGAGGCUCAGAACACAACUGCGGACACGUCUUUCGAUAACUACAUACUGCACAACUAUGAAUAUGUGUUCCAGGUGAUGCCUUAUCAUCGCAUCACAGCUGUCUAUAUAUUGCUCGUUAAUGGCACCUGCACUUUCAUUUGGAACUACAUGGAUCUCUUCAUCAUGAUGGUCAGCAAAGGCUUGGCCUAUCGCUUCGAGCAGAUCUCCAUGCGCAUUCGCAAGCUGGAGCACGAAGAACACAUCUCGGAGUCCACAUUCAUCGAGAUUCGCGAGCAUUAUGUGCGCAUGUGUGAGUUGCUGGAGCGCGUGGAUAAUGCGUUGUCCAGCAUCAUUUUGUUAUCCUGCGUGAAUAACUUGUACUUUGUCUGCUGUCAGCUGCUAAACAUCUUCAACAAACUGCGUUGGCCCAUUAGCUAUGUGUACUUCUGGUACUCCACACUUUAUUUGGUGGCACGCACCGCCUGCGUCUUUCUUACGGCAGCCACCAUCAAUGAUGAGUCAAGGAGUGCACUCGGAGUAUUGAGGCGAGUGUCCACUCGCAACUGGUGCGUCGAGGUGGAGCGACUGAUAUUUCAAAUGUCCACACAAACCGUUGCUUUGUCCGGCAAGAAAUUCUAUUUUCUCACUCGUCGUUUGCUCUUUGGUAUGGCUGGCACAAUAGUCACCUAUGAGCUGGUGUUGCUGCAAUUCGAUGAACCAAAUCGUCGCAAAGGAUUGUUGCCCUUGUGCGGGUGAUAAAUUGGCAACAUUUGCAUUGGCAAAUUGCCAUUCGUCAUGGCCGGCCGACAGGUGCCGCAAUUAGCCUUAAAUUGUAGUAAAUACUUACUGGUGAAUUGUAAAAAACAACCACGCCCCCAUCAACAUCAUGCUUCAUACACAACUGUCAACUUGUCGCAAGCACACGCUUCACUCAUAGUUCAGUUUUGACCAUGCCACAAGGCGAAGCUUUCUAUCGCGCUGUUUCGCAAGGUAAGCCAGGGGUUAAUUAACAAA